CGAAAUGUCAAAUUGACAACCUUAGCAAAACAUGACCAGUCAGUUUCAAUUUCUUAGGAGUAAAAAAUAAGUCUCACAUACAAGACCCUGUAAUUAAUUUAGAGUAUUUUAGAGGUACUCUAGGUUUCUUUCUUACAAUAUAAUUCAGCAAGUUGUCACCAAUGGCUGACGCAUUGUUUGGUUGGGAUUUAACUUUUAAAACCGUGGAGAAAGAUAUAAAGCGGAAAUCUGAUGUUAUCAUUGCAUUUAUUCAUUGGAACUUAUCGAAAAGAGGAUUUAGGAGUAUUGGAAUAGGAGAUGAGAGAACAUUAUCUGGAGAUGAAGAUAAAAGUGAGCUAUUACCAACUGGCUGGAAUGAUAAAGAAAACUAUGCUCUGAGAUAUGUUCUAAAUAACAAACUAUUUAUUCUGCAUGGAUUGAGUACUGAUGGAAAUCUUAUCAUUAAUCUCAUGAGAUCGGAAGAUUUGGCAGUGUCCAAUAUAGCUAUAAAGAUAGAAGAAACUGUGAAGGAUUUAUGUGGUCCUAUUGAUAAGAUUAUGCCAAAUCAUAAAGAGUUAAUAUACAAUGUAAAGCGGGAUUUAAUUGAUGUAGUCACAGAAAGACCUACUUCUAGUACUGAAACUCAAACUGUAAGAAGUGAAUCAACUACAAGGAGGCCUCCAGAAGAUCCACUGAGGGUUCCACCCCGGCCUAUGCCUGGGGUGAACCCCGACACUCCAGACCUAUGGGGAAUGCCACCACCUCGCCUGCCAAACAUCGGCAGUUCUGACUUGGAUCCAUUUGCACCUGGCGGCGGCGGCAUGCUAUUCAACCCGUUUGAACCUCGCAGAGACCUUGAGAAUCCUGGAUUGGGUAUACCUGGCGGGUUACCGAGAGGGGCUGUGCCACCAGGAGCUCGUUUUGAUCCCUUCGGUCCACCUGGCGGUCCCAUGCCAGGCCGCCGACCAGCACCACCGGAUGCAGAUCACCUACCGCCUCCCGGCUUCAAUGACAACAUGUUCAUGUAGUUCAUUUUAUAACUAUUAUUGUAUCUAACGAUUGUCCACAUCAUAACUAUGAAUAAAGUUACUUUAAAAAUA